AUGGACUCGAUGCGAAGUCUCAACACGUCGCUGCCCAAGACGAGGCGGCAGCCUGACGUGCACCAGUCGUUCCGUACCGCAGCCUUGAACGUGACCAAUCUGUACAAGUCCGCCCUUGCCGACCUUGACAGGGCCCGCGCAGACGGCUAUCAAGAAGCUCUCGAUGACCUACUGGCCUAUCUGGACAAGGAGAACAUUGGGGCAACCGGAGGAGAGAGCAACAGAAUACGGCAGUGGGCGACGGAGCGCUUGGAUGGAUCUCUGCCCAAGCAGUCGGGCAGCGAGAGUGAAGAAGAAUACCUCGAUGAUAAGCGCGCCCGCAGCUCGUCACCCAUCAUGGAGCGAAACCUCAGCCCAGACGAUUCGCACACUCUCGACCCUGUCAUGGAGACAGCAGACCGCUGCGACUCUGCGCCCCCUGUCCAGAUGGAGGCCACAACAACCGAGGCUGACUUGUCGCCCUUGCACCACGUUUUCCAGUUUUCCACGCCCCAGGCCUUCCCGUCCGAGACAACAAACGACAACAACGCCACGGAUGUAUCAGCCGCUGCUCGCCGCGCAUUCCCUAAUCCCCGACGAUCUUCAAACCGCUCGACUGGACGAAACCUGCAGCGAUCGGCUGCUCAAAAUCUGUUUCAACUCGGCACUGGCGCAGGGCAGAAGCGACGGCUCAUGAACGACUUUUUCAACGUGGACGGAUUCAACGACCGGCGGGACGGCUCUUCCGGGGGACCUAAGCGGGGGCGCAUGUCCUGA